AGCCAGCCGAGGAAGACCCGGUGACAGACGCGGACUUGAAUUGUGCUCCAAGCAAGUUCUUAUCCCCCCCGACAGUCCGCAAGAAACGCACGGGCUUUUUCAACCCGAGUGACGGCGUGGCGGAGCUAAGCGACGACGGCCGUCUGCAGGUGGAGCUGUUGCACGAACUGUUCACACGAUUUGUAAAGCAAACGAAGGACUUGCCUGCAGAGCAGCGGCGGCAGGCUUGCGUGGACGUAUUCCUGACCUCUACCCUUCAGUCAGGAGUUGAGACGUGUCUUGAGGUUUUCACGGGGAUCCUGGAGCCUCUUUCUUGCCAUGGAGGAACCACCUCCAGCCCUUUGGCCUCGUCUCAUGCAGACGGCUACCUUUGCUCCAGUGUCCGCUUCGUGACGAUUCCCCAUCUUCGCGAGGUUGUUGAGACGGCCGGAGACAUAGGCGAGUCCCUGCCUGUUGUCUUGAAGAAAACUAAAAACCUUCGGGUGCAGAACGGAUUUCAGAGAGAUGUGUUCGAUUGUAUCGUGGCAAAUUACGGAAUGUGGUGGAAGAAGCAGCAGCUGGGGGCUCUAGGAACCCCAAGGCCCCACGGAUUUCCAGGGAGCCCUCGCCCAUCAGGCUCACUCGACGUUGCUGCAGACACUGGGUUUCCCGGAGGCCGCUCAGUUGGGGGCCCUGUGGAGGCGCAGUUGGCAGCCCUGGAAGCUGCCGUUGGGGGCAAAAGCGUGGACACGGCAGCGCUGAAGUUUAUGGAAGAUUUGGAUCGUCUGUCUUACCCCAAGGGGUUCCAGUGCUCGCGACGGCUCGACAAUCUGGUGCGUACAUUUUCGUUCCUGAAAGAGUCAGCGCGGCAGGAGCCCUCUGUGCAGCGGGCAGUGUGGGCUAUGCCAGAGGAAAUGGAGAGUGACUACGUAGAGUCCGACGGAAGCGUGUUGCGCAGAGGCCUCUCGCUGCUGCGUUCACUGUGUGCUGUCCAAACGGCCUCCCGUUUCCUGCUCACGUCUCACCCUAAAUUUGUAGAAAGGCUCACAGGCCAGCCUAUGGACAACGGAGAGCUCAUGGCCUUCACCUUGGAUUGUUCUGCGCUGUCAAAGAGCCUCCAAGAGGCAGGUUUCAUUCCUUGGGAGGAAAAUAUGCAGCACAAAGCCUAA